CCCAUCUCUCUCUCUCUCCAUCUCUCAGUUCUGUUCUCUCUCUCUCUAUAUCCCUCUAUAUAUCUUCAGUUGGGUGUUGGCACCUGCUAACCUGCGCCAAACACCACAGCUUAUCAUGCGCCACCUGAGAUGGCGCCGGCGUCAUCCUCCUAGAUGACAAGAAUACCAAGCUACAUGAAAACCCACUGAGAAGAUCAAACGGCAGAGCUUGGUGUUUUCGAGGGGGACCCACAAAAAAUGGACGGUCAGAAAAGCCAGGCGAAGCUUACUAGGACGCAAUCCUCACUUCUCCGGUCGUCGACCAUCCGAUCAUCAAUCCACAGCCUAUCUUCCGUGAACGUAAUCUUGCCGGAGCAAGAAGACACAGAAGAACAGAAACCCCACAAACCCAACACAACCCCGGUCCGAGCCGGUUCGACCCGGUUCAUCCCGGUUCUGAUCAUCACACUGCUCACCCUCUACACCCUUUUCGUCCAUUUCAACAGAGACGACAUACCCACUUCGGAAAACCUUCUGUUAGCUCUGGUUUUCAUCGCCGUUUUGCUCUUUUUCGCCGGAAAAAGAAAGGAUCUUUUGCACCAAACCCUCACAGUUCUCAGACAAUUGCACAAUGAACACACCAAGAAACUUGGUUUCUCCGAUAAUAACUCGAAACCGGUCCAAUGGUUCAUUGGUGAAUCAACAAUGGCAGAAGAAGACCAAGGUGAUCUGAAAGAGAACCCUAUUGUAAGUGAAGGUGUUGAAUUUUACAGCAAUGGUGAUUUCUAUGAAGGAGAGUUUCACAAAGGAAAGUGCAGUGGAAGUGGAGUGUAUAACUAUUUUGUGAAUGGGAGAUAUGAGGGUGAUUGGAUUGAUGGAAAAUAUGAUGGGUAUGGGAUAGAAAGCUGGGCUAGAGGUAGUCGAUACCGGGGUCAGUACCGGCAAGGGUUGCGACAUGGUUAUGGGGUUUACAGGUUCUAUACAGGGGAUGCAUAUGCAGGGGAGUGGUGCAAUGGGCAGAGUCAUGGUGUUGGAGUUCAGACUUGCUCAGAUGGGAGUUGUUACAUUGGUGAAUUCAAGUGUGGUGUCAAGCAUGGCCUUGGUUCUUACCAUUUCAGAAAUGGAGAUCGGUAUGCUGGUGAGUAUUUCGGAGACAAAGUCCAUGGAUUCGGUGUCUACCACUUCUCUAACGGCCACUAUUACGAAGGGUCGUGGCACGAAGGCCGUAAGCAAGGCUAUGGCAUGUAUACUUUCCGAAAUGGCUACGCAAAAUGUGGUGAAUGGGACUCUGGCAAUCUCAAGAACCCCUUGCCCCCACUGACUGAUGCAGUCAUCCAAGCAAUUCAGGCUGCUAGAAAGACAUCAGAGAGUGCAAUUCACCUUCGGCGGGUGGAUGAACAAGUAAAUAAGGCAGUCACGGCUGCAAACAGAGCUGCAACUGCGGCUAGAGUGGCCGCUGUCAAAGCAGUUCAAAACAGUGUGGAUGGCAAAUUUUGUGUGACUGAUUUUUAAUAGAUAAGCUUUUGCUUGCUAGUGUAAAUUUGUUUUUCUUUUACUAGAUCGUUGUGUACUAGUCCUACGAAUAUGAACCGCCCUGGUGAGCAAAAGCUUAUCGGAGGUUGAGAGGACAUAUGUUUGACUGUUUGAGACUUGUUUACCACUUGCGACACUGUAACUUGUAGAUAACUCCUGUAUAUCAAUGCAAGAUGAAUUUUCAGAAAUUCCGUCUUUCUUAUUCGGAA